AAUAGCUCUAUGUAAAGACCAUAGAGUCUGAAAACUAAAAGGAUGAAGAGUGCAUUCUUUCUACUGAGUUUACUAACUAUUGGCUGUGCCCAAGAUGAACUCAAGUGCACAGAUCGCAGAUGUCUGGCUCAAAUGUUAAUUAAUAAAGAAUAUUUAUCUCCACCUCAGUCUGAGAACUGCACCCUACUCGUUGAAGUACCCUUAAUUAAGUAUGAAACGCUGUCAGUUAACAUGAAGGAACUCCAUCUACUGAGUCGUCUGGAGGCUCAAAUUAAAUGGGUGGAUCCAGGUUUGGCGUGGAACACAUCAAUAAAUCCGUUUAACAGAGUCAUUUUGCCUGUAGAUAAAGUGUGGACCCCAGAUGUCAGCAUAGAAAACGGACAAAGCUACAUGGAGCACGUUUCUCAUGAUCUGGUGGUGUUCAGUAAUGGUACAGUGUGGCACAAGGUGGUCAUAAAUGCAGAGGUGAACUGUGGAAUCAACCUGUUUAACUAUCCUUAUGCUUACGACACAUGCCCCGUAGGACUCAAAUCCACCCCACCACACGAAUGUGGGAUAAGCAUACAAGUUGAUGGAGUGGAGUUGGCAGAGACGUCCCACGGAGACUGGGAAACACAACAAGUGGAGCUUGGGAAAAAACGAGAAGACCGCAGUUAUAUCAACAUCAUUCAAAAGAUCAAAUAUACCAACCCCUUCAUCACAUUACUCCUGCCCACUUUUCUGAUCAUGGUGGCUGAUAUAGUAAGCUGUGCUCUGCCAAUGCAAGGUGGUGAACGCAACUUGUUUAAGGUUACUUUGGUGCUCAGCUUUACCAUGUUCCUGAGCAUCCUCACCAACCUGCUCCCUGGAGACAGCAAGUGCAGCCCAGUUAUCCGAGUCCAUUUCUGUAUUUGCCAAGUCUUGAUGGUGAUAAGCAUGCUGGUGUCUGUGGUGUUGACAAGGGUAGCUCAAGAUGGGUUGGUCUUUUUCACAUAUUUCUUCACGAGGUUUGUUUCUCUAAAUUCAGGAGACAACGAUGAAAAAGAGGAUGCGGACGCCAAAGGUGAUAUCAGCGUCAUUCAGUAUGAUGUCUCCGAAGACUCUCAAAUGCUCAAGAAGAUCGUCAGAUUCCUUGAGGCUGUUGACACUGACCAGAAAAAAAGUGAACGUCAUCAGAACCUAGCAGAUAAACUGGAUAGGAUCUUUUUCUGGUUGUAUUUUUUGUCAGCUCUGGAUACCUAUGUGCAAUGA